AUGUCGCUAUUAAUGCGACCUGGGCCAUUAACGAUGGCGACGGCGAAUACCGUUACAUACGUCACCGCGCUCGCCUCUCUCUACUUUAAACGUAACAAAACAGCCCAAACAACUGAGUCCAAGGAGUGGCUGGGCGAAGAGGAAUGCUUAACCCCCAAAUCUGACUGCAGUGUGCAUCUCGCUUCGCAAAACGGGCAUGGUUCGCAUGAUGAUUACUUUCAUCUGACUCUUCACGCGAGCACAGAGAGAAACCCGACAGAUAUGGGGGAGGUGCUAGAUGAUGCCCUUGCAUUGUUGUAG